UUGCCUUUUUCUCUUCUUGAAAAAACAAGAAGCUCAGUAGUCAUGGCGGUUCAUCUGAACUGGUCUCUACCGACUCAGUCUUCCCUCGCUUUCCUCCAUCGGACCUUCCACAAAGCUCCGGCUCCGCCUAGACUCCUCUCCAUCCUAUCUCAGAAGCUCAGCUCCGGUUCUGGAGAUCCAUUCCUUUCUAAUGCGUCCGGGUUCGGACCUAGGAAAUCCGCGAAUUUGGAUCGUCCAGACGCUUUGAUCGGAUCUUCCGGUUCUUCUUCGUCUUCUUCAUCGUCGUCUUCGGCUAUUGAUUUCCUCGAAUUGUGUCUUCGGUUCAUGACCAAAGAAAGAAAGGGAUGGAUCAAUCGUGGGCUGCAAGAUCCGGAGUCUAUUGCUGAUUAUAUUUACCGUUUCAUGGCGAUGACUGCUGGUGACCUUCAUGGUGUGAACAGGGAAAGGUGUAUUAAGAUAGCAAUUGUGCAUGAUAUUGUAGAAGUUUUAGAUACGUUUUGGACUUUGAUAGCUAUUGUUGGAGAUAAAAAAUCAUAUCAUUACAUCUCUGAAGGAGAAAUGAGGAGAUGGAAGCAAUCGGCUUUGAGGGAAAUGCAUAAAGUUUUUGGUGGACAGAUGACAGUUGAAGAGUUCAAAGAACUUUGGGAGGAGUAUGAAAAUAACUCUUCCUUGGAGGCUAAUCUUGUAAAAGAUUUUGAAAAAGUUGAACCGAUUUUGCAAGCACUAGAAUAUGAAAUGGAACAUGGUAAGGUGCUGGCUGUGCUGGAUGCACAUUUCCUUUCACUCGAAGGAAAAUUUCAGACUGAAAUAGGAAAAAGUUGGGCAGCUGAGAUCACUUCAAGGAGAAAUUCAUGGUUGGGAAACUGCCCAAACUGAUCCUCUGGCUCAAUCACAGUUUUCGUUCAGCAAAGCCAAGAUGUCUUUUUGAAGCUAAAUCAUGUAGCAUUCUCCUCUAACGAGAUAAUGUCCUCCUUAUUCACCUCUUUUUGUCCUGGAAUAUGGGAGAAUGAAUAAUUGGACUUGCACUCCAAAGCAAUUGAAACACAGUUCUAUGAUCAGCAACCAAACUACUGAAACUGUCAGAACUUUGAAAUCGGAGCACUCAGCCCCAUCCCUCCCCAUCUCGG